UCUGUCCCAUCACUAUCACAUUAUGCUUUUUGAUUUUUCUAUCCUAUAUAUUUUCAGUCAUUAUUGGUAUCUGCAACAAUGCACCGUUGCCGGAGAAAGACUUUUCGGCCAUCGGCGCCGGAGAUGGAAUCAAAGCAUUUUAUGAAAGCCAUACUUCCUUCACCCAUUCAUGCCAAACAAAUUAGAAUUCCAGAAGAGUUUAUAACAAGAUUUGGGAAUGAACUCAACAAUGUUGCUACAAUUACUGUUCCAGAUGGUCGUGUUUGGGAAAUGGAACUCAAGAAAUGUGGUAAAGAGGUUUACUUUUGCAAAAAAUGGCAAGAGUUUGCAGAAUACUAUUGUAUAGGAUAUGGUUGCUAUCUGUGUUUCAAAUAUGAGGGAAAAUCAAAGUUUAGUGUUGUUAUAUUUGAUAUCACUUCUGUUGAGAUUUCAUACCCUCCAAGUACUCAUGGAGAAAUAACCAUUAAGUGUCCUAGUCAUAGGAAAAGUUCCAAGGUUGAAACAAUUGGAGUUCAAAGCAUGUCUAACACUGCUUCUAAGAGAGCAGAACAUGCUGCCAAUGAAUUCAACUCAAGCAGGCCUCAUUUUCUAUCCAAAAUCAAUAAGGGAAAAAAUGUGUAUGUUGCUGCUGAUUUUGCUGCAAAGUAUCUGAAGCCAAAUGUUCCUAUGAAGCUCCAAAAUUGUCAUGGAGAGCAGUGGGAAGUUUUUGGCAUGUUGCAUGAUGUCAGAUUAUCUUUAGCUUUGCAAAUAAGGAGAGGAUUUUCUAAAUUUCAAAGGGAUAACAGUCUGUCAGAGGGAGAUAUUUGUGUGUUUGAGCUUAUCAACGAGAAGCCCGUUGUGCUAAAUGUCGCAAUGUUUCGCGCAGUUGACUAUGGUGAUUAACAAGUUAUAUAUGUAUGCUCCACUGUGAUGAAUGAGGCAUGAUGUUGCAUGCUAUAUGUGAUUUUGGCAGCAACUAGUAAUAACCACUUGGGUAUUGUGUAUUUAAAGGGAUGUUAUUGCUUUUGUUUCAUGAAGCAGUGUAGAAGAUUUAAAGGAGUGUCUUAAAACUUAGACGACUGACCAUUAUUAGUUAGACAGGUUACAUUUUACAUGUUACAUGUUGCUUGAUGUUACUAAUGCCUGAUGAAAUGCAAUGAAUGUUGAGUGUGUUUGGAUA